GGAGGGUGAUGCCUCUCUCUGGAUGUGUCUCAAGCUGAGAUAAAAUGGAGAAAUCUGGAAAGGAGCCAAAGCUAGAAAACAGCUUUCAACUUAUGAACGCUGGAGUAAGAGAAAAUGAAAUGGAUCGACCGAGAUGCUGCAUGAAUGCAGAUUAUUUCUACCGAAGCCCAAACAGAUGCAGAGAAAUGAAUCAAGAGUUUUGCGAGCAGAAACUUCAUUUUAUGCAGCAUGUGGAGAUGAUCCAACCCAGAGUACCAGAAGAUGGAAGAGAAAUAUCUUCCAGGAUGAAUCUACAUCAUCAGUCUUCUGAUGACUGCUUUUCUCAAGGAGCGAUGCCGAAUGGCACAAAAAGAGAGUGCGGCUGCUGGGAAUGUGGAGCAAAGCGUUGUGGAACAACUGAGCCUGCAAAUGGAAACACAGCGAGAGGGGAGGAUGAAUGCGACGCUCAACCUCAGAGUGAUUUAGAAGAGGAACUCGAGGCUCCUUUGCCGCUGAAAGAUGACAACGAGUGGCAACACUGUACUCCCUUUUUACUUCCCCACCACGACGUGCAUAGCUGCGGAGAAUGGCUGUGUAAUCUCAACCGAUACCAUCCUCAGUCACGUCACCUCUCUGCUCCUUUCCAGCACUGGACACCUCGGAAUCAACCCCAAAAUGGGCUCCAGUUUCAUGACCACUUUAAGAAUAACAUCAUGGGAAGUGUCUCAGUUAACGUCCCUCACUUCUCACUUCCCACUGUGGAGGAUGUUUCACGGGUCAGCAUGCUGAAUGUGGGCUCAGCAGGAGCAGAGGAGUCCGCUUCACAUCCACACGGGAAAAGGAAGGGCAUCCGUUUGCCCGAUGAGUGCCGAAACGUUUUCAUCACUUACUCUUCGGACGUGUCCUCAGAGAUGGUCCCCUUUGUGGAUUUCCUCACAAAGCAAGGUUUUCGACAGGCUAUUGACUUAUAUGACAGCUCCAUUAGCUGUAUGGACGUCAACAAGUGGACAGACAGUUACCUUAAAGAUCCGUUAACCCUUAUUAUUAUCGCCAUCAGUCCAAAGUACAAGGAGGAUAUUGAAGGACCUGCAGUUGACAGCCAUGGUCUACACACCAGAUAUAUCCACUCAAUAAUGCAGAAUGAGUUCAUCCAGCAGGGGAGCUUGAAUUUUAGAUUCAUCCCGGUUCUCUUCCUUUGUGCAUCCCAGAAACAUGUCCCAAGCUGGCUCCAGAAUACUCGCGUGUACCGCUGGCCGCAGGACACUGAGGAUUUGUUACUGCGACUGCUGAGGGAGGAGAGAUACGUGGCUCCUCCUGUACCUGUGGAGCUCAGCUUAUUCAUCAGGCCUGUUACCAUGAGCGAUGCAGCUACACUGUAAACAAACAAACUGGUGUUCGGGCAUGUGUCUGGGUUUAAUGUUUCUGCUUUAAAAGCUACAUUUUGCAGUAAGUUUAUUUUACAAAUCCACAGUUUGAUCCAGUUUAAGUUGAGAUAUAAGCUCAUGUUCCAAGUUCUAUUUUAUGUUAAGUGCUGUUUUUCAGAUGACUCAAUAAAG